AUGUGCCCAGCGGACCCAAUCGGGAACCACAAUGGUGGGGGAAGCUCGACCUCUACCCCAAAUGGUUGUAUGCUCGAUGAUGUGCCCAGCGGCCCUAACCCAAUCGGGAACCACAAUGGUGGGGGAAGCUCGACCUCUACCCUGAAGGUCCAUAUGCUCCAUGAUGUGCAUAGCGGUCUUAACCCAAUCGGGAAGCACAACAGUAGAGGAAGCCCACCUUCUGCCCAAAAGGACCGUAUGCUCCAUGAUGUCCCUAGCGGCCUUAGCUCAAUCGGCAACCACAAUGGUGGGGGAAGCUCGACCGCUGGCUUAAAUGGACGUAUGCUCCAUGAUGUACCCAGCGGACCUAACCUAAUCGGAAACCAUAAUGGUGGGGGAAGCUCGACCUCUGCCCUGAAGGGUCGUAUGCUCCAUGAUGUGCUCAGCAACCCUAACCCAAUCGAAAAGCACAACAGUGGGGGAAGUCCGCCUUCUGCCUUGAAGGGCCGUAUGCACCAUGAUGUGCCUAGCAGCCCUGACCAAAUCGGUAACCACAACGGUGGGGGAAGCUCGACCUCUGCCCCGAAUGGCCAUAUGCUGCAUGAUGUGCCCAACGUCCCAAACCCAAUCGAGAACCAUAACAGUGGGGGAAGCCCGCCCUCAGCACUAAAGGGCCGUAUGCUCCAUGAUGUGCCAAGUGGCUCUAACCCAAUCGGGAACCAAAAUAGUGGGAGAAACCUACUCUCUGUCUCGAAGGGCCAUAUGCUUCAUGAUGUACUCAAUGGCCCUAACCCAGACGGGAACCGCAAUGGUGGGGGAAACCCGCCCUCAGCACUGAAGGGCCAUAUGCUCCAUGAUUGGAAGAGUAGCAGUGGCGAGCAGAAGUUUUUUCCAGCGUCAGCAAGUAGUGAAAUAGGUUAAUUAAAAUCCACUCUUGGCCUCACUAGUAGAGCUGGAGUUAUUCUUAUAUCUCCUCGACAAGACACUGUUGGGCCAAUUUGUCGGACUGUAUUGGAUGCAGUGUUUGUUUUGGAGGAAAUUGUUGGUUUUGAUCAAAGGGACAAGAAAGCUACAAUAGCAUCAUCCAAGUUCAUACCUGCUGGGGGUUACAAGCAAUUUCUCAAGGCAGAGGGUCUUAGAGAGAAACGAUUGGGGAUCCUAAGAGAGCCUUUCUUCAAUUUCUCAGGGACAUCUGUGUUAGCACAGACAUUUGAAACCCAUUCUAAAACAUUAAGGCAAAAGGGAGCCAUUCUGGUAGAUAACAUAGAAAUGUCAAAUAUUAAUGUCAUUUUGGAUGUUCGAGAGAGCGGAGAAGGGUUGGCAUUGCUCUAUGAGUUCAAAAAGGCAUUGAAUGCUUACUUGUCUAAACUACUGGUUUCUCCUGUUAGGACAUUGGCAGAUGUGAUUGCUUUCAAUAUAAAGCAUUCAAAAGAGAUGGUUAUUUGGCACCGGAAGCUGAAAGAGUAUGGACAAGACAUUUUCAUACAGGCUGAGAGCUUAAACAGGUCAAACAGUAGCCAAGUAAAAAGGGCCAUAUCAAAUCUCAAAGAGUUAUCAAGAAAUGGUGUUGAGAAGGUGAUGAGGGAGAAGAAAUUAGAUGCUAUUCUGGCUCCUGCUGAUACUCCUGUCUAUACCAUAUUAGCAAUUGGAGGUUAUCCUGGGAUCACUGUGCCUGCUGGCUAUGACGAGGAAGGUGUGCCAUUUGGGAUUUGUUUUGGUGGACUCAGGGGCUCAGAGCCCAAGUUGAUUGGGAUCGCCUAUUCUUUUGAGCAAGCAACACACAUUAGAAGGCCUCCAACCUUCAAGUCUUGA